CAACCACUUACAGUAGUCCAGACAGCACACUGUAAACUUGUCAUAAACAUACCGCUAACACAGACCUCUACACGUACUGGAGAGCACGCACCACUCAGGCUACCUGCUAACAAAAAAGGUAUUUCGUCGGCAAAUCAUUUGCAAAAAUGAGUGCGUUCGUCACUCUAGUCAUAUUCUGCUUGUGUGGAAGUGCUGUUUCUGGCACUGGAACGACAGAAGAGAACCUUGCGGCAUUGAAAACAGCUCCGAAGGAAAUUGUCCCUCCGUAUACAAUAUACGACAAACCUGUGGAUAAAAUCGGUGAUCCAAUCCCAUACUCUGCCCAAAGAAGACGGGAACUAGGAUAUACUGCACAAAGACGGAACGAAAUAGGAUACACGGCACGAAAAAGGCGUGAUCUGGCAUAUACCGCAGAUAAAAGAAAUGAGCUCGGAUAUACAGCACGCAAGAGGCGAGAUCUUGGAAAUGCGUACACCGCGGACAAAAGAAAUGAGCUCGCAUAUUCGGCACGCAAGAGGCGAGAUCUUGGAAAUGCGUACACCGCGGACAAAAGAAAUGAGCUCGCAUAUUCGGCACGCAAGAGGCGAGAUCUUGGAAAUGCCUACACUGCUGGCAAAAGAAACGAACUUGGAUACACGGCACGAAAAAGGCGUGACCUUGCGUACACAGCGGAUAAAAGAAACGAACUCGGAUAUACAGCACGCAAGAGGCGAGAUCUUGGAAAUGCGUACACAGCGGACAAAAGAAAUGAGCUCGCAUAUUCGGCACGCAAGAGGCGAGAUCUUGGAAAUGCGUACACCGCGGACAAAAGAAAUGAGCUCGCAUAUUCGGCACGCAAGAGGCGAGAUCUUGGAAAUGCGUACACCGCGGACAAAAGAAAUAACCUCGCGUAUACAGCACGCAAGAGGCGAGAUAUCCCAAAACAAAAGGCGGCUAAAUAAGUAAUAUUAUUUUGUUUGACAAUGUUAACAAGCCAUGGUUGCAAUUAGCCUAAAACUUAUAUCGUUCUUGUAAUAUAAUCGAAUUUGUGUGUAUAUGAACAUUAGAGUAAAGGUGAAAAAGCGCGCGUGUCAGAACGGGUAUUAGAAGAUCAGCUAUUGAAUUGCUGUACUUUGUCAUGUAAUAUAUCUGUAAAAAAUUAAUAAAUAUAAUCAUAACAAUUAAAGUUGUUAUUAUAAAUAUC